AUGAGGCUGAUCGGCGUGUCUCUGCUAUUCCAUGCGCUGCAGUGGCUGCCAACCCUCCAGGAGGCAUCCUGCUACGCCAACAACCUGACCCUAAAUGUGAUCAUGCUGGAUGGUCCAAUGGCAGAAUGGAAUCUGAGCACCAUCAAACCAGCUGUGGAACUGGGCUUGGACGUUGUGCGAAGGGAACUGAAGCGGGAAGGUAAAAACGUUACUAUUAACGCCACUUAUUACACAUUCACUACAGAGUUCUAUUCAACGCCGGGCUGUGUGUCCAGCGGCUGCGAAGGGGUGGAGAAGCUGAAAUAUCUUAAUGAGAAACAUCUGCUUGGUUGUGCGGUCCUGGGCCCGUCCUGUACAUAUGCCACCUACCAGAUUCUGUCAUUAAAAACCACAUUUGGAGUCCCACUGAUCUCUGCUGGAAGCUUUGGACUAUCGUGCGACUAUAAACCGUUCCUGACACGGAUUUUACUCCCAGCCAGAAAGUUGACCUAUUUUUUUUAUGAAUUCUGGAAAUUCAAAUCACACCAAAUCAAACCAGUGGCGUGGCAAACUGUGUACAUCUAUAAAAAGGAAAAUAAUACAGAGUCCUGCUACUGGUACAUUAAUGCGUUAGAGGCCGGAAUCUCCUACUUCACCUCCGCUCUUAACACAAAAAUCAUUCUAAGGAACGAGACAGAAUUAAUGAAAGUUCUAGAAGAGAAGAACCGUAAGAGUAACGUUCUGCUCCUGUGCGGCUCCCCCAGUGACAUUGAAGAAAUCGAUAAAAGAAGUGGUGGGAUUCCGUCUGACAUGGUGGUGGUCUUAGUGGACAUAUUUAACACGGGGUACUACGACAACGACACCUCCAGUGACUAUAUGAGGAAUGUCCUGGUACUGACACUGCCGCCAGCCAACUUCAGCCGCGUAUCCAACAACACUAGCCUCACGCAGCUGCUGGCGAAUGACUACGCUGCUGGGUACCUGGACGGAGUCCUGCUAGUCGGACACAUCCUCAAGAGAUUCCUGAAUUCAUCAGACAGCAACGGCCCAUUCAGCUUCAUCAACCAGUCACGUCUAAUCUCAAUGAUAGGGGCGUCUGGCCCACUGCUGCUGGAUGAGUUUGGUGAUCGAGACCUGAACCUUACACUGUUGUACAGCUCUACCACAAAAAAAUACACCGAGCUUCUGCAGUUUGACACCAGCACUAAUCAGACUAAAGUGUUAGACGGUACCCCAAGCUUCAUCUGGAAGAACCACCGUCUCCCCAGUGACGUUCCUGACAGCGGACCUCAUGUUCUCACCAUCGCUGUCUUCACACUCACAGUAAUUGUGAUACUUGUAGUGGUCAUCGCCCUCUUUGUGUUCAGAAGGUAUCGUAGAGAAAACGAGCGGCGCCAGAAGAGGUGGUCACACAUCUCACCAGAGCAGAUCCUGCCACUGGAGACCAGUGAGACCUCUCUCAUCAGUCUGAAGAUAGACGAGGAUAAACGGCGUGAUUCUGGGCCGCGCUUACGGAGAGCGAAAUAUGACAAAAAGGUUGUUAUACUGAAAGACUUGAAGCACGAUGGGAACUUUGCAGAAAGACAGAUGAUUGAGCUGAAUAAGCUAUUGCAGAUAGAUUACUACAACCUGACCAAAUUCUAUGGGACUGUGAAGCAGGACAACAUGAUAUAUGCCGUCAUCGAGUAUUGUGAGCGCGGCUCACUCCGGGAUGUUCUCAAUGAUACCAUCUCUUACCCUGAUGGGACAUUCAUGGACUGGGAAUUUAAGAUUUCUGUGAUGUACGACAUAGCAAAGGGGAUGUCGUAUCUACAUUCCAGUAAGAUGGAGGUUCACGGGCGUUUAAAAUCCACAAACUGCGUGGUUGACAGUCGUAUGGUUGUAAAAAUCACAGACUUUGUUGGUAAUUCCAUCCUCAGCCCUAAAAAAGACUUGUGGACUCCCCCAGAACAUCUGCGAGAUGAUGGCGUCUCACAAAAAGGUGAUGUUUAUAGCUAUGGUAUUAUUGCCCAAGAGAUUAUAUUGAGGAGAGAGACCUUCUACACUGAGCAAAGUCACAAACCCCAAGAAAAAAUUUUAAGAGUACAGAUGUGCAAAGGCGCAAAUCCCUUCCGACCAGACCUGAACCUAGACACGGCGAGUGAAAGUGAAAUUGAGGUGUUUGUGCUGGUUAAGAGCUGCUGGGAAGAAGAUCCUGAGCGCCGACCAGAUUUUAAGAAAAUUGAGAGCACGUUGGGGAAAAUCUUCAGUAACUUCCACAACCAGAAUAAUGAGAGUUACAUGGACACCCUGAUCCGUCGGCUGCAACUCUACUCCAAAAACCUGGAGCAUCUGGUGGAAGAGCGCACCCAGCUGUACAAGGCAGAGAGAGAUCGCGCCGACCACCUAAACUUCAUGCUGUUACCUGGGCCUGUGGUGCAGUCGCUAAAGGAGACGGGUCGAGUAGAACCAGAAUUUUUUGAAGAGGUCACAAUCUACUUUAGUGACAUUGUGGGAUUCACCACCAUCUGCAAGUACAGCACCCCGAUGGAGGUAGUGGAUAUGCUAAAUGACAUGUACAAGAGCUUCGAUCACAUUCUGGAUCAUCAUGAUGUUUACAAGGUUGAGACGAUCGGUGAUGCAUACAUGGUAGUCAGUGGUUUGCCAAACCGUAAUGGGAAUAGACACGCAGUAGAUAUUUGCAGAAUGGCUUUGGAAAUCCUGAGCUUUAUGGGGUCUUUUGAAUUGCUGCAUUUACCCAGUUUGCCCAUCUGGAUAAGGAUCGGGAUUCACUCUGGUCCAUGUGCUGCUGGUGUCGUUGGGAUUAAGAUGCCAAGAUAUUGUUUGUUUGGUGACACAGUGAACACAGCGUCCAGGAUGGAGUCUACUGGCCUACCUUUGCGAAUUCAUGUCAGUAAUUCGACAAUUUCGAUCCUGAAAAGGACAGAGUGUGAGUUCCAGUAUGAAUUCCGAGGAGAGACAUAUCUAAAGGGUAAAGGCACAGAAACCACUUACUGGCUGACAGGUGAAAAGGAGCAGAUAUACAAUGUCCCAACACCACCAUCUGCGGAGAACCAGCAGCGCCUUCAGGCUGACUUUGCUGAAAUGAUCAAGGAAUCUCUCAAAAGACGAGAAGCUGAUGGCUUUAAGAACAGACAGCCCACGCGAGUGGCUAGCUACCGGAGCGGCUCCUUAGAAUACCUUCAGCUAGCCAACACCGGCAGCGGCAACACUUACCUUUAAGGUCACUGGAAGAAAUGGGGCAAAUA